AUGGCAAUGGACGUUAAAGAGAUUGAGGCUACCGGCAAGGCCCUGCUCAAGGCUGCCGCCAGAGAUGCGCCCCGAAUUGCAGCCCGAGACGCAGCCAGGGAAGCGGCGAAAGAGGCAGCCAAGAACGCAGGGCUGGAUGCGGCAGGAAUCGCAGCCGCAGUCUCGGAUGCGGACAAGUCUAGCCAGAAGAUGCCAGAAGAUGAAGAGAAGGUAAUCAAGGGCCUCCUGGGGGAUAUCCAGCAAGGCGUGCGAGCUACAGAGGACCUGCUGCGACAGACGCGCAUCGGUAUCAUCGUCAACAAGCUCAAGCCCAGCACGUCUGCAGAGGUUGCCGUGCUCGCCAGCAGGAUUGUCGGCAAGUGGCGCGACGACGUGAAGAAGCAGAAGCACGGUGGUAGUACGGCAGCCAGUCGAGCUCCGAGCGGCUCCCCCAUGCCAGCCAAGAAGGGUACGACAGGACCGCCUACGCCCGUUACGCCCUCAGACAAGGCUUCGAAGCCGUCUGUGCCUCUGGACAAGCGAACCUGGAAGACAGAUGGAGCCGAGAUCAACCACACGGGGAAUAAGAUCCGAGACAGCUUCACGGGGCUGAUAUACGAUGGGUUGUGCUUUGGGUCCUCCGAGCCUUCCAAGCACAUCCUGUCUCGUGCGGUUGCAGUAGAGGCUGCUGCGUAUAGCCACCUCGGACCGGAGACGAAGGAGGACUACCGCGGGAAGAUGCGCAGUCUUUUCCAGAAUCUGAAGACCAAGUCGAAUCCUAAGCUGCGUGUGCGCGUCCUCGAUGGCGAGAUCACUGCUGAGCAGUUCGUGCGCAUGACUCAUGACGAGCUGCGCUCCGUUGAGCAACGUGAGGCUGACGCUAGGAUCCAGAAGGAGAAUAUGGAUAAGGCUAUGGUUGCUCAGCAAGAACGCAGUAUCAGUAAGAGUCUGCAGUGUGGCAAGUGUGGUCAGCGCAAGGUUACAUACACUGAAGCGCAGACUCGUGCUGCUGAUGAACCGAUGACCCUGUUUUGCACAUGCAUGAACUGCGGGAAAUCCUGGCGUCAGUAA